ACUCAGAAACAGACAUGGACGAGAAAGAAUUGAUGACCUUUAUGGUAAGGAAAUUUAGUCGACUGUUAAAUAAUGACAGUCAACUGACUAACCUUGUAGGUCAAGGCAAAAAAAAGAGCUUUAGUACAAAUGUUUUCCAGUGUUAUGAAUGUGGAAAGGAAGGUCACAUCAAGCUUGAUUGUCCAAAUCUAAAGCCAAAGCAAAAAGGAAAGAAGAGAUUUCCUCAAGGCAGAAACAUGAAAAGAAAAGAAGCAUACAUUGCUUGGGAGAACCCAGAAUCUGAGAGCUCAAGUGAUGAGGAUACUGAUCAAGAGGAGGAACCCAACAUUUGCAACAUGGCUGGAACACUAAGUGAUGACAGUGACAACAAUGAAGAAUUUGAGAAGCUGCCAAUAGAAGAAAAGUAUCAACAACUAAUUGAAACAUUCAGCGAACUACAUGCUAAAGCAAUGCGACUGGAAUACAAGAUUUCUCUUAGCUCCAAGAAUUCUCCAAGAAGACGGUGGUGAUCAAAGAGGAGAUUUUCUGCGCUCACAUUUGUUGAUCAUUAUCUACACAAGAAAGGUGCUUUUGUGUGAUCGUCUUGAAAGCUUGACAUCCUGUGAAGACUGCUGAAUUGUGUUGAAGGCUUGGCAUCCUGUGAAGACUGCGGAAUUAUGUUGAAGGCUUGGCAUCCUGUGAAGAUUACUGAAUUGUGUUGAAGGCUUGAC